AUGGAUAUCCGACUCUUGCACCCAAGUGACAUCCCCCACGUCCAGCAUGCAAACAUCACCAACCUGCCAGAGAACUAUUUCAUGAAAUACUACCUCUACCACGCCCUCUCCUGGCCCCAACUCUCCUACGUCGCAGUCGACGUCUCCCGCCCCAAAAAGACCCUCUACGACUACCCCCGAAUCGUGGGCUACGUGCUCGCGAAAAUGGAGGAAGACCCUCCCGACGGCGUACAACACGGCCACAUCACCAGCUUGAGCGUAAUGCGCACGCACCGACGCCUCGGCAUCGCAGAAAAACUCAUGCGACAAUCUCAAAAAGCAAUGGUCGAAACCUUCUCAGCCCAAUACGUAUCCCUCCACGUCCGCGUCUCGAACACGGCGGCGCUACGUCUAUACCGCGACACCCUAGGCUUCAAGAACGAGAAGGUGGAGGCGAAGUACUAUGCCGAUGGCGAGGAUGCGUAUAGCAUGAAGCUAGAUCUGGGGUUCAUCCGCGAGCAGAUCCAGGAUGAGCAGGACGCGGAGGCGGAUGAGGGGGAGCCGGUCGGGGAGCUGGGGAGUAAGGAGGGCGCGGGCGAUUUGACGGUGAGGAAAAAGGAUGAGGGGAAGAAGAGGAAGGUUAGGGUUGGGAGGGGUUUGGGGGUCGGGGACUUGGUGGAGAGGGAUGAGAGUCAGAAGGCGUGA